AUGAGCAACCGCGACAACGGCAUCUGGACGGCCUCUAAAUUUGUUCCUCCACCCAACACUCCACCUGAAGAUGUAUUUGGGUCUACGGAAAUGUGGGAGACAUUUGGCACCGCUCACCGUUUCCUAAUUCGGCCUCAACACGUCCCACACAUUGCUCCCCCGAAAACCUUGGCCAUCUACAUCGAUGGGGCAUGCUUUGACAAUGGCACACCUAACUCCCUCGGUGGAGUGGGAUUUGUGUUCAAUGCGAUUCCUCAACAAGGCACGGUCAGCUUCGCGCUUGAAAAAGAAGGCCCCGUUGGGAAUGUCCACCAACACACCAACAACCGUGCCGAGCUUCGUGCCGCCAUCGCGGCGCUGGAGUUCCGCGCCUGGUAUAUGGCAUUCAACAAGCUUGUGCUCAUCACCGAUAGCGAGUAUGUCGCCAACGGUGCAACAACUUGGAUUCGUACUUGGGCUGCUCAAGGAUGGAACACGACGGCCAGCAAGAGCGUUGCAAAUCGCGACCUCUGGGAGAAACUCAUUCUGGAGAUGAAGCAGUACGCGGAUGGCGGGUGUGAUGUGAGUUUUUGGGCUGUCCCUCGUGAAUGGAACCAACAGGCAGAUCAAGCCGCAAAAGACGGUGCGGGGAGAACGGAUGGCUGUGUCAGUUAUAGUCCAGUCCACGUGUCUAUACAGCACUAG